AUGAACAUGUUGGACGCAGAAGACGACAGCUUUCACGUCACACGUGAAGGCUACUCCCAUCUGAGUGACCCAGAAUGGGAGGUAGUCGGCCGCAUGAGUGUGCUCAUGGGCGAACCAGCCAUCAGUGGUAUGUUGGAGUCUCUAAGCAGAAACCAGCAACAUGCUGCUAUCAACAAUUCCUACAAGGGGAACUUGCCGUCGAGCGACCGAAAAAAGCCUUGCUACAGCAGCAAGGCUCUCUUCAGUCGAUGGGCGGGCCGACGCACAUGCGUCAACCCGAAACCUUGA